CCGCACACACUCCGGUGCGUCCCGAGUCGUCCCGGGGCGGGCCCCAUGGAAACGGCGCGGGGAGCAGCACCGCAAGGGAGCGCUGGGGCUGAGGCGCUGCUGGGCGAGCUGCAGGCGCGGGUCCAGGACGUGGUGAGGGCGAGCUCGUGGUGGGAGCGCCACGGCGUGGAUUGCGCCAUCCUCGCGCUCAGCCUCCUCUCCUUGCCGCCCGGGUUCCUGUGCCUGAGCUCCGACCAUGUCCUGGUCUUCGCCCUGGGCAUCGCCAUCCUGGGCGUGUGCCACUACACGCUCACUGUCAAGGGCAGCCACCUGGCCACGCACGGUGCCCUCACCGAGUCCAAAAGCUGGAGCAAGAUCUGGACACACUUCUUCGUGGAGGUGUGCACGGCCUUCCCCGCAGAGGACGCCAGGCACGGGCACGUCAAGAUGCACCACGGCUACACCAACGUGCUGGGCCUGGGGGACUCGAGCACCUGGAAGGUGCCUCGCCUCAACCGCUAUGUCUACAUGUUCCUCGCCCCUCUCUCAAUUCCCAUCCUGACCCCUCUGGUGGCUGUCGAGCGGCUGAGGAAGGUGAACCCCAGGGUUGCUCUGCGGACGCUGGGCCUGAUCUCCCUGGGCCUUUACUCUCAUUACUGGCUGCUCCUGAACGUGUCCGGCUUCCGGAGCCCCGGCUCAGCCCUGGUCUGCAUGCUGAGCACCAGGUCGCUGCUGGCCCACCCUUACCUCCACAUCAACAUCUUCCAGCACAUCGGGCUGCCCAUGUUCUCCCUGGACAAGAAGCCCCGGCGGAUUCACAUGAUGAGCCUGGGGGUGCUCAACCUGCCGCGGCUGCCCGUGCUGGACUGGGCCUUCGGCCACUCCAUCGUCAGCUGCCACGUGGAGCACCACCUCUUCCCCAAGCUCUCCGACCACAUGUGCCUGAAGGUGAAGCCCGUGGUAUCCCAGUUCCUCCGGGAGAAGCAGCUGCCUUACAACGAGGACACCUACCUCGCUCGCUUCUGGCUGUUUCUCAGUCACUACGAGGAGCUCAUGGUGCAGGCCCCGCCCAUCACCGAGCUGGUGGGGCUGCAGUGAGGGGCCGACUGGCACGGCCACGCUGCUCCCCCUCCGGGGCCCAGCGCUAGCUCUUCUGCUUCUGCUUGCCCUUCCCCCGCAGGUGUGGCUGGGCUGCUGGGGGCGGACCUGGAGCACGGAUGCCCUGCGGGGGCAGGGAGGCAGGGAGCUCGUGCUGGGGGCUCCGCACGGGAGGGUCACCUGCCCUGCUUGCUUUUCUGGGCUUUGAGGGCUGUCUGGAGGAAAGGAAGACAGGUGGCUGGGGACUCGGGGCAUGCUGGCCGACUCCGUCUCAGGAAUGAACGGCUGGAUUCCUCCCCCACUCUGCCUGAGCCUUGGUAGGGGUGAGGGAGGGUGAUGGGGUGAGGAGGGGCUGUGCAGGGGGCAGGCCAGGAGGGGGCAUCGAGAGAGCAGGGCCAGCCCUCAGCUAGGGCCUCCCUGGCGCCAGGCGAGUUGCACCCUUGGCCACUGCUUCUUCGUGUGCCCUCAGAGCCUCUGUCCCUUAAGGACCCGUCGCCCCAGGGACCAUAGGGGCGGUUCUCCUAGUUCCCCAGCCGGAGAAGCCGGCGCCAGACCCCGGCUCAGGAGCACCCAAGAGCCACGGCAUCGGCAAGGUCAAAGUGCACGUGUUCUCUUUUAUAAAAGAGGACAUUCCGGGUUCUGGAAGGAAGGGGAGAGAGAGUAUGAGGAGCCUUGAGCAUGGCCUUGGCUAGCUCCAGAGAGCCUGCUUUGUUCCGUGUCAUUCAGGGGUGGGCCUGGGAGAACUGUCAGGUGAGAGGGAGAAAAAUCACUGGGAGGGGAACCGAGGCUGCAGUGGGUGA